UAAAGAUGCUGUGACCAGCUGUAAAUUUCACCUCCUUCACUUGUGUGCACAGACUGACUGGUGUCACAUUCAAGGUGAAUCAUGAGUAAGAACCAGCUGUUCAAAAAUGAACACCUCCGUAAGGGUGAAUACCUGAUGUCCAACAACGGGGAGUGGAAGGCUAUUUUAAAGGAGGAUGGUAACUUUGUCAUCUGUGGCUGGAAGACUGUGUGGGAAUCAGACACUGCAGGAUCAGAUGUUGUCCGCCUGUCCAUGCAGGCUGACAGCAACCUGGUCAUGUACAACCAGGAUGACACUCCCAGGUGGCAUACAAACACAUAUUUUGUUGGACAAGGCAGGUUUGGCAGCAAGUGUGAGUGCAACUGCCACGUUCAACUGACUGAUGACGGCCAACUGGUGUUGCUUAGGGAAUCUAAAGAAGUCUGGAGCUCUGCUAACUCCAAAGGCACAAAAUGAUGUAAAUCAUGACAUGUCAAAGUUUUUAAAUAUUGAAUGCUUUGCAAGUGAAAGUCAUCUUUGGAUGUCAGCAUGAAUUUUACAGUAAACCUGCCUGCCAUGUAAUCUGGAAUCAAAUAAAAGCACAUU